AUGAUUGGGUUUCUUUCUGAUUACUCGAAACAGUUCACGGUCCCCAACCUCCGCGAACUCACCUUCUUCCAAAAAUACCACCACAAAAACCUCCUCCAAUGUCUCGGGAUCGUCUCCUUCGCUAAACAAGUACACGAAUACCUCGUCCUCGAAUACAUGGAUCACGACCUCGCCGGCUUGAUGCAGCAUCUACCGGACAAGAAGGUGUUCCAUCUGGAUCAUCUGAAGUGUAUUGCCCGGCAGCUGUUUGAGGGGUUGAUGUAUGUGCAUGAACGGGGGGUGAUGCAUCGGGAUUUGAAAGUGGGGAAUCUGUUGAUGAAUUCUCGGGGAGAAUUGAAGAUUGCCGACUUUGGGUUCGCGAAAGAGAAACAGAUCGCGGAUGACGAGGACGGACAUACCAACCGCGUCUGCACGGUCUGGUACCGCAGCAUCGAGGUGCUGCUGGGUGAUACGCAUUAUGGGUUUCCGUUGGAUAUGUGGGGCGCUGGAUGCGUCCUCGCAGAAAUGUUCAUCAAAUUCCCCCUCUUCCACACCCCGCGCGGCCGGGACUCUGAACAAGUCAAACGCAUCCUCAGCAUCAUCGGGCACCCCACCGACUCGGAAUGGGCCGCAGUGCAGCAGAUGGAGCAGCCGUGGGCCAAGAUGUGGCGGGUUCCCAAAACCAAAUUCCCGAGGAGGCUGGAAGCGUAUCUGGUGGAGAAGUCGGCUGGGUAUGUGCCGAUUCCGCCGAUGGCUGUGGAUCUGAUUGCGAGGCUUUUGGCGUUUGAUCCGAGCAAACGCCCGAGCGCCAGGGAGGUGCUGAGUCAUCCGUUUUUCACGACGGAGUUGCCGGGGCCUUGUCAUCCGCAUGAGAUCCCCGUCAUCCAAGGCUCCUGGCACGAAUUCGAAUGCAAAGAACGCGUCAAG